AUGUCCAAAGAAGCGGCCAUGUUCCAGGCUGGAGACCUGGUAGCAUACAGUCAGUCAACCGGCCAUGAUCUCCCACUUGAGGAUCUCCGACUUCCGUCAGAUUUUGUCUGGGGCACCGCCACUGCCGCCGUCCAGAUUGAGGGUGGCAUUUCCCAAGAUGGAAAAGGGAAGUCGAUUUGGGAUGUGUACACCCAUCUCGAGCCGUCAAGAACAAAUGGCGAGAAUGCCGAUGUAGCAUGCGACCACUACAACAGGGUAGCCGAAGAUGUAGAACUCAUGUCCUCCCUCGGCGUUGACGUCUACCGAUUUUCUCUGGCCUGGACACGCAUAAUUCCUCUCGGGGGACGCAAUGACCCUAUCAACGAAAAAGGUGUCGCUUUCUAUGACGAUCUCAUCAACCGACUCUUGGCAAACAACAUCGAGCCUGUGGUGACUCUUUACCAUUGGGAUCUCCCACAAGAGCUCUACGAAAGGUACAAAGGAUUACUCGACACAGCUGAGUAUAGAGCUGAUUUCCAGAACUACGCCCGGAUCUGCUUCUCUCGGUUUGGCGAUCGAGUCAAGAAAUGGGUGACCUUCAAUGAGCCCUAUAUCAUCUCGAUCUUCGCGCAUCACAGUGGCGUACUGGCGCCAGGCCGCUGUGCUGCCAGUGGUGCCAACACCAAGACAGAACCUUGGCGCGUCGGUCAUACAAUCAUUUUGUCUCAUGCUUCCGUGGUACAAGUUUAUGCGGAAGAGUUUCAACCAUCUCAGAAAGGAGAAAUAUCGAUUGUUCUCAACGGACAUUUUUACGAACCUUUUGAGGAAGGCAAUCAGACCGACGUAGAAGCCGCUCAACGCAGAAUGGAGUUUUACAUUGGCUGGUUCGGAGACCCAGUGUUUCUGGGAACAGACUACCCAUCCUCAAUGAGAGCAUACCUCGGCUCGCGCCUCCCUGAGUUUACGGCGGAAGAACGUGCUCUUCUUCGGAAGACUGCCCCAAUCAACGCAUUUUAUGGUAUGAACCAUUACUCUACCAAGUACGCGCGUGCUCUGCCAGACCCCCCAGCAGACGAUGACUGGACUGGCAAUAUCGAAGAGACGUCAGUUAAUAAGCAAGGAGUGGAGAUUGGACCCAUUUCGGGCGUCCAGUGGCUACGACUUGCGCCAGAAGGAUUCCGGAAGUUAUUGAACUGGGUGUGGAAUCGGUAUCAGCUUCCCAUCAUAGUCACGGAAAAUGGGUGUCCCUGCCCCGGUGAAAUCGAUGUUGAUGUUGCGCGAAAGGAUAACUUCCGUCAGAGAUACUUUGGCCUCUACCUUGACGCUAUAUCUCGCUCCAUUUAUGAAGACGGGGUCAGAGUAGAGGGUUAUUAUGCUUGGAGCCUUAUGGAUAAUUUUGGAUGCAUCGCCAAAGCCGUAGGCGACUUUCAGGCGGGAGACUUCACACCGGAUGGCAAAAAUGUUAUCGUCAACGUGGUCUUCACCGGCGCCCCUACAGCUCCCAACCCUGCAAGCAUCUACGAUGGGGAGCAUGUUCUUCUCAUCAAGGCAGAUGGCACCAACUUCACCAACGGCGAUCCAUGGAAGUGUCUGAGCUGCGGUGUUCCCGCCGUCAACGCCAUCUCUCUUGACCCCCAGAAGGACUACCCCCACGUCUUCCGCAGCGGCAACAAGGCGCUUUGGGGUCACAACAUUCUGGACUGCGGCGGGGCGCCUCUGGAAAGCGAUGCAUGCACCCCGAACAAGACAUACAUCUACCCGAUCCACUGGAACACUGCAGCCGAUGGCUCGGGGAAGGGCGGCAGUCCUCGCGAAAUGCGCCUGCACCCAGACGACGUUCAUAUGGGAUGGAGCUCUUUCACCAGUACAGGCGGUCAAUUCGCUUACACUGGCCGCCUCAAUUUCAACGCUGAGCCAACUGUGGGCGAACCACUCGCCCCUCGCUAUGAUCUCGUCGACGUGAAUUUGCUCUUCGACCCUACGCGCGCGAACCCCAUCACAACCAAUGGCUCCGAACUCAUCAUCCACAACAAUGCUAUCGCCGUUGGCGAGCUGCGUGGUUUCAGCGGAAACGGCGAAGAGAUCACCUAUAUUGGUAACCCCGUUGAGUCAACUAACAUCGACGUCUUCGCCGUACAUGUACAGACGGGCGCCGUCCGCCGCCUCACUAGCCACCCAGAAUACGUGGAUCCCAUGGCCUUCUCUGCCGAUAACGACUGGUUCGUUGCCAUGGACACGCGAGGUACGAACCGCCAGAUGUGGAUGUCUGGCAUGCGUGGGAUCCCGCCCCUGAUCGACCUCGUUGCUGUGACUGUGGCCGCCUCCACUCGCAACAACGGCCCCCGUCGCUUCUUCCAGCCAAUCUUAAUCGAUCGCUACGGCGAUCGCGGCGACUAUUAUGGUCAGCGGAUCAAUGCUGCGGGGGUCGAGAGCGGCGGUGCCAUCAACGACCCGAACUGGAAUGGCAGAGCGGACCCGGCCUUCUCCUUGGACGGAACAAAGAUUACGUACUGGCAGGCUCUCGUGGUCUCCCCUUCAUGUGGUGGUGCGAAUCCCCUUCCUUGCCCCGAGUCUACAGCCCAAGGAGGCAGGGAGUAUCGCGUGAUGUUGGCUCAACGGAUUGGUCGCGAGGCUACCGCGCCGGCGCCAAUUUACAAGAUUCCGGACGUGAUCCCUUGGGCCACGCCAUUUCCUCCGGGCACAGCUAUCCCGGAGUCGCCGUUCACGGUCGAGCCAGGCAACUAUACACUCCGUGGGAAGGUUUCUGGUAUUGCUGGUGUAAGCAUUGCCCCGGACUCUACUAAUGUGAGCGGGCUGGGCAGCGUUGCAGUGAACUACACCAACUACUCGGAUGAUGGGGAGCACAUCCUGAAUGGCUUUGAGGACGUCACGGUGAAGAUUCUUCUCCCCAACUUCUGGACGAAUCAGGUUGACUGGGUUUCUGAUAUUGUUCAGACUGGGGUGGUCAAUGGGACUAAGAAGACUAGCGAGGGGGGUUUUCACUUGAUUAUUGACGCGGAGCUGAACUUAUUCAACGCGAGUGGGACUUUGGUCACCACCAUCGACGGUGUUGAGUAUAAGCAGCCUGCUAACGGUACUUGA